UAAGCCCGCCUUUUGACGGCCCGGGGGCCCGCAGGGUCUUUGGUUAGUGUUAUUAUUAUUACCAUUACUAUUACCAUUACUAUUCUUAUUACGACCUUGCCGAGCUUCUUUUUCUUUUCCUUUCUUUCUUUCUUUCUCUUUCUUCUCUUCUCUUGUAUUUCUACUCCAUCCGGUUUCCCUCUCACAGGCAUCGAUCCAAAGCGGAACCCGCAACAAACAAUCCGUUCUGGCCCAGUCGAAAACAGCACCACCGAUUGCGCCGCAUUGGGAGUUGUCCUGCCCAACACUUUCAUUGAGAACUCCGAACCCCCUCGCGAUUGAUUUCGAAAUAUUUAACAACAAAAUCAAGUGAACGAGGACUACCCGACUGCGACACAGUAUAUAUUGGCCCACCGAAGCUAGAAAACCGACCUCCGGGUACAAAGGAGGGGAGAGAGAGAGACGUUGAAACGAGCCCAAGUGCAUUGUGCAUGUGCGGGCAUCUGGAAGAAUCAGAAUGCCUCAGUCCGCAAGAUGGGCCGGUACCCCUUCCAUCAAGGGACGGAGUGAGUCGACGCGGAUGGCAUUGUUGACUUUUAGUUUGGUUGGAUUGCAGUUGACAUGGGGCAUUGAGAUGACCUAUUGCACCCCGUACCUUUUACAACUUGGUCUUACAAAGUCUCGAACUUCUCUUGUCUGGAUCGCUGGUCCUUUGUCCGGGUUGGUCAUUCAACCCCUCAUCGGUGUGAUUGCCGAUCGGUCACGAUCGAAAUGGGGUAGACGCAGACCGUUUAUGAUCGGAGGCUCAUUAGUUGUUGCCUGUUGUUUGCUGGUAUUAGGGUGGACGUCGGAGAUUGUCGCCGUGUUUGUCAAGGAUGCGGAGAAGGCCGGAAGAGUCACCAUCGCCCUUGCGGUGUUGAGUAUUUAUGCGGUUGACUUUGCGAUCAAUGUUGUCCAAGCGUGUUGUCGCAGUUUGAUUGUCGACACUUUGCCGAUUCCUUCGCAGCAAGCUGGAUCAGCAUGGGCGGGCAGGAUGUCGGCCAUUGGCCAGCUGAUUGGAUAUGUAAUAGGCUCAAUCGAUACUGUCAGCCUAUUCGGUGCGACUAUUGGUGAUACCCAAUUCAAGCAAAUGACGGUUAUUGCUGCGUUGUCCUUGAUCAUAGCAGUGUUGGUCACGUCCUACUCGGUUAAAGAGAGGGUUUUGAUCACUGCAAGAGAUGCCGAUGAUAAGGCUGGGGCAAUCCAAGUAAUGACUCAGUUGAUGAGAACUACAAUGGAGUUGCCCCCUCGCAUUCAAGCCAUCUGUUGGGCUCAAUUCUGGGCUUGGAUCGGCUGGUUUCCAUUUCUGUUCUACAGCACCACCUGGGUUGGCGAGACGUACUUCCGAUACGAGGCCCCAGAAGGAGUGACACAAUCGGAAGAUUUUCUUGGUGAGAUUGGUCGAGUUGGCAGUCUGUCUCUGGUCGUCUUCUCCUCGAUCACAUUUAUCGGAUCUGUUGUUCUUCCCUUUUGCGUACAACCACCGGACUCCAAAAAAUCGCGAUUCACACCACGACCACCCCCGGGGAUAGCAGCACUUCUCAAGAAAAUCACAUCCAUCCGUCCAGACCUGCAAAUGACAUGGUUACUUUCACACUUUGUGUUUACCGCAACAAUGGUUUUUGCACCCUUUGCGCGAUCUCGGGCUACUGCCACUUUUCUGGUGGCUGUAUGUGGCAUCCCAUGGGCCGUCACUAGCUGGGCACCAUUUUCCUUUAUGGGAGUGGAGAUCAACAAGUUGACCAUGAACCCACCCACAUCGCGAAAUGGCCCUACCAUGAUUACAUCGGCUAGCAUCCGCAACGGGACAUACUAUUCGGACCGUAACGACGACACGGAACUAGAUGUACUGCGACUCAACCACCGUGACGCGGACAGCGAUACAGACGAUGAGGAAUCCGCCUCCAACAUCCCAUCGACAGGCGAACUGGCCGGUAUCUACCUCGGCGUGUUGAACGUGUACACGACACUCCCCCAGUUCGUCGGCACAUUCAUCAGCUGGAUCGUGUUCAGCAUCUUCGAGCCGGGCGUCACCAAGAAAGACAGGUCAUCCCAGGACUCGCAGUGGAUGAACCUAGACAAGGACUCGCCCAACGCCAUUUCGAUAUGCCUGUUCAUCGGUGCAUUGUGUUCUCUCGUGGCCGCCGAAGCAACUCGACGGUUACGGUACGUCCCAUAGUGGCUUUCACGACUGUUUACGAGAGCAUACACUACAACUACAACUAUUUCAUGAUGAAAACGAAAAUCUGCAUAUUCACUUCGACACCUUCCAUGUACACACUACACACUUCUAUACGAUUGUGAUUUCAGAGCAUGUUGAAUAAUCUUUCAUCUUUCACACCGGGAUUAACUGACCCAUUGGUGAUUUGGUCUGUAUUGGAAUGCAUAUAUAGGCGUUUGAAACACUGAUAAUGAUAAUAUAAUGCUUGACUGUAUGUUCAAGCCUGUACUUAACUAAUUAUACCAUGUGCAUUACUAUAUUAUUGAAACUUUGUAUAAAUGGUCAAGAUGAUAUAACCCUAUGACGAUAUAAUUACC